UUCUAGUUUUUCUUUCAUCCUCUCGUUAAUUUGCUGUCACAAUGUGUGGAAUACUUGCUGUGCUCGGCUGCUCCGAUGACUCUCAAGCCAAGAGAGUCCGCGUCUUGGAGCUCUCUCGCAGAUUGAAGCACCGUGGUCCAGACUGGAGUGGCUUGCAUCAACAUGGUGACUGCUAUCUGUCUCAUCAACGGCUAGCCAUAGUUGAUCCUGCUUCUGGGGAUCAACCUCUCUUCAAUGAAGACAAAUCCGUCGUCGUCACGGUAAACGGAGAGAUUUACAACCAUGAAGAGCUCAGGAAAAAACUGUCCAACCACAAGUUCCGAACUGGCAGUGAUUGUGAUGUUAUUGCACAUCUGUACGAGGAAUACGGAGAGGACUUCGUGGACAUGCUCGAUGGGAUAUUCUCCUUCGUGCUCCUCGACACGCGCGACAACAGCUUCAUAGUUGCUAGAGAUGCUAUUGGGGUCACUUCCCUUUACAUCGGUUGGGGAUUAGAUGGGUCAAUUUGGAUUUCAUCGGAGUUGAAAGGCCUGAAUGAUGACUGUGAACACUUUGAGUGGUUCCCUCCUGGUCAUUUGUACUCCAGCAAAGAAAGAGGAUUCAGAAGAUGGUACAAUCCUCCAUGGUUCUCUGAGUCCACUCCUUCUACUCCUUAUGAUCCUCUUGCUCUCAGACACGCAUUCGAAAAGGCUGUGAUUAAAAGGUUGAUGACAGAUGUUCCUUUUGGUGUGUUACUAUCUGGAGGCUUAGACUCUUCAUUGGUUGCCUCCAUUACUGCUCGUUACCUUGCUGACACCAAGGCUGCUAAACAGUGGGGAACGAAAUUACACUCUUUCUGUGUAGGUCUUGAGGGUGCACCCGAUCUGAGGGCUGCAAGAGAAGUUGCUGACUUUCUAGGAACGGUCCACCAUGAGUUCCACUAUACAAUUCAGGACGGCCUGGAUGCAAUAGAAGACGUUAUUUACCACAUAGAAACCUACGACGUAACCACAAUAAGAGCCAGCACACCCAUGUUUCUGAUGUCAAGGAAGAUAAAGUCACUAGGAGUGAAGAUGGUUAUGUCUGGAGAAGGAUCUGAUGAGAUCUUUGGGGGGUAUCUGUAUUUUCAUAAGGCCCCCAAUAAAGAUGAGUUCCACCAGGAAACUUGCAGAAAGAUCAAGGCACUUCACAAAUAUGAUUGCUUACGAGCCAACAAAGCAACUUCUGCUUGGGGUCUUGAAGCUCGAGUACCAUUUUUAGAUAAAGAUUUCAUCAAUGUCGCCAUGAACAUUGAUCCUCAGUACAAAAUGCCAAAACCAGAGGAAGGGAGGAUUGAGAAAUGGGUCCUCAGGAGAGCAUUUGACGAUGAGGAGCAACCCUAUCUGCCAAAGCACAUAUUGUAUAGGCAGAAGGAACAAUUUAGUGAUGGAGUUGGCUAUGGUUGGAUCGAUGGCCUCCGAGACCAUGCUGCAAAACAUGUGACUGAUAAAAUGAUGCUUAAUGCUGCAAACAUAUUUCCUCACAACACCCCUUCCACAAAGGAAGCAUAUUACUACAGGAUGAUAUUCGAGAGGUUCUUCCCACAGAACUCUGCUCGGCUCACUGUUCCUGGAGGAGCUAGUAUUGCAUGCAGCACAGAGAAAGCAAUAGAGUGGGAUGCUGCCUGGUCAAACAACCUUGAUCCUUCUGGAAGAGCAGCACUUGGAGUGCAUCUCUCUGCUUAUGAUGACAAGGAGGUUAACUCAGUCCCCACUAAAACUGCAGGGCCAGAGAAGAUUAUCCCUAAAAUGGAAAUUAAUCCUCUUGGAGUUGCAAUCCACAGCUGAUGCAGUUAAAAAGGGAUAGACAGUUGCGGGAUUUUCAGAAGAAGCGUACAAUGAAGAAGCUUUUGCCUGCUGUAUAAAUAAUCCAGGCAGUAUAUAUAUAUUUAUAUAGAUCAAAGGCCUUCUACCUGAUGGUGUUGUUGUAGUGUUGUGGUAGCCUCAUCUUGUAUUGUUUUAAAUACUGUGAUCUGAACUUUAUUGCAAUAUAUUGGGUUUCCGA